UCAAGGCCACUAAUUUCAAACCAAGGUGUAUGCAGCUGAACUUGCUCCAGUCUGACACCCGUGGCCAAGAGGACUGCCUAUACCUGAACAUAUGGGUCCCUCAAGGCAGCAGCGGUAUGUAUUAUGUACAAAUGUAGGAUCUUAAUUUGAUCACCCAGUUGCAGUGGACUCAAACUUGUAAUCCUUUUGAGGUUUAAAAAAGCUUCUGAAGUUUGUAAUUUUCACUUCGAAAUUUCAUACUUGAUUUUCCCUUACAAAAAUUGUAUUAAACCCCACGAAAAUGUCCAUUGACUAUAAUCCACAUAAGAAUUCACAUUUGCUGUUGCUGCAGAAUUAUUUUCCUGCUGUAGCUAACUGGCUCAAAUUAAGAUCCUACACCUGUGCCUGUGUCUUUACCUGUCACUAGAGUAGGACAUCAGCUAAUAAGGCAUCAGCCCUGGUCUUUCAUCCACAAUUCGUUCCAGUCAUUGGCAGCAGAGAACUGGAAGGAGAGGCGGCCAAAGGAAGUGUUGGCUUUGGGGAUGACCAGUGAAAUAUACCUGAUGGAGCGCGUGCUACGGGUGGGUGUUGCUAUGGUGACCAGUGAGCUGAGAUAAGGCGGGGCUUUACCUAGUAAAGACUUAUAGAAUACCUGGAGCCAGUGGAUUUGGCGACCGCUUAUGCCUGGAGCCGGCCCUGACACGCAGAAUCUGCCCACGGGAAAUUAGUAGGUAGAGUACUGUAGCUGGCUAACAGAGCCGUCUUCCAUGUCACGUAACUAUGGUUUGUGGGACCAGCACGCUGCCAUUGCUUGGGUAAACAGGAACAUCCGUGCCUUCGGAGGAGACCCCAACAACCUCACCAUCUUCGGGGAGUCUGCCGGCGCUGUUAGCUCCAGCUUCCAGACACUCUCUCCCCAUAACAAAGGGCUGAUCCGCAGGGCAAUCUCCCAGAGUGGUGUUGCUCUCUGCCCCUGGGCUAUCAACAGGAACCCCCGUGCCUUUGCAGAGAACGUAUGUGUACUUCUGUAACAA